GUGAUUCCGGACGACGUGGCGUAACAAACCGCUACCGUUGUACCAGUUAGCGCUAAGGGCAGAAAGCAGCAGGUUUAAGUCGUUACGAGCUUUGUGUUGUUUCAUUAAUUCUCCUGCUGCCGCCAAAAUGAUUUCACUCACGGAUUCACAAAAAAUUGGGAUGGGGCUGACGGGGUUCGGUGUGUUUUUCCUAUUCUUUGGGAUGGUCUUGUUUUUUGAUAAAGCUCUCCUUGCCAUUGGAAAUAUCCUUUUUGUGGCAGGCCUGUCCUUUGUCAUCGGCCUGGAGCGGACGUUCAGAUUCUUCUUCCAGAGACACAAAGUAAAAGCCACCAGCUUCUUCCUUGGAGGAGUGUUGGUGGUUCUGAUCGGCUGGCCGAUCAUCGGAGUGGUUCUGGAGAUCUACGGUUUCUUCCUCUUAUUCAGAGGAUUCUUCCCGGUGGCGGUGGGCUUCAUCAGACGAGUACCUGUGCUCGGGUCUUUGCUCAGUUUACCAGGGAUCAGUAAACUGGUGGAUAAAAUUGGGGAGAGCAACAAUAUGGUAUAACAGAGGACUGUUUUUGUAUCGGAGGAGAGUUUCAGUAUUUAUCAUACUUUCUAAUAAUGACUGUAUAUUUUGGUCAUUGCCACUCCAGAACUGUGAAUCCAAACACACUGUAUCUGUGGAUGUCUGACUGAUGUUUUGUAUCUGACUGCCAAGAGAUUUUUAUUUUAUUUUAAAAGCUGGAAGCAGGUCUCUCAUUUUGUAUCAUUCCUGUCUGAUAUUUAUGGACUGAUAACGUGGGACCAAUUGAUUGAAGUCAGCGGAGAGACUGGAGUUCUUUGAGCAUCCCCUCCUCCAGAUUGUGUGCCUCAACAGACACUGAGAGCUUUGUUACGUCAAUGAAGUGUUACUGGAAUUUUGUACAUUAAAACUAAAUAAUGUUGAGUUAAAUGUUACUUGGGCAAAGAAACCUGAAGUGUUGUGAAGAAGCUUGUUAUAGAGAUGUUUUACUGUACGUUUUGUAAGUGCAUACUUGGAAUAAAGUGUGUAUUUUAUAAA